AAUAAAAUCACUUUGCGCCUUUGCCAGACCACGGAGCGAAUCUCUUCGCGAGUUGAAAUCUGUUUUUUUUUUCCUUCGGAACGUUCUGACUGAUUGAUUGAUGGUUGAUUGAUUGAUUUAGGAAAGGAAUACGGAAUGGGGAGUGGGCGGAAAGGGGGGAGGGCUAGAGAAAACAGACAAGGAGGGGCAGGAAAGAACGAUCUCCGCGGGGAGGGGGCUAGAACCGUUUACGCCUGACGCCCCCGCCCCAUUAUUGUUCAGCCAUGGAGAAAUACCAGGUCUGGGGUGGCGAAGCUCGCGGCGGGGAGGGGGACACUGGACCCCCCCUUUUUUCAGGAAAGAGAAAAGACUCGUUUCUGAAAAGGGGGUCUUGUCUGAAAUGGUCUAGGGUCUCCUGCUUGAGCAGGGGGUUGAACUAGAAGACCUUCAGGGUCCCUUCCAGCUCUAUUCGGUUUGAUUUGAUUGAUCCGUACCCAGACUAAACAAUGCAGUGGGCGAGCAUCUCCCCCUCCCUUCACACAGCUGGGUGGUUGAUGGGUCAAGCCAGGAGGCAGUUUAAGCAACUGUUAAAGAAACCAUGGUUUAGUGUAAUGUGUGAAACCAAUCACAAUGAUUGUUGUGUGUACACAUACAUACUACGUGCAUGUGUAUGUCUAGCUGUACAUACAUAGAUUAGACAAAAUAGAGAUAGAUAGAUAGAUAGAUAGAUAGAUAGAUAGAUAGAUAGAUAGAUAGAUAGAUGUAAAGGUUGAGAUUAGAUGAGAUAGACAGAUUAGAUAAAUAGAUAUAGAGAGGGCAGGUAAUUAGAUGAGAUAAAAAGAGAUUAGAUAGAUAGAGAGAGAGAGAGACAGACAGACAGACAGAUCAAGAUUGAGAGAUAGAUAUAGAAAGAUGGAUAGGUAGACAGACAAACGCAUCAGGCAUGAGCUGGGCCAUUGUAUAAUAUUAUUAAAAUCGGAUGUUUGCUUCCGAGGCAGAUUGUGAAGGAGCUUCCCCCGGGGGCUCUGGGAACGAUGCUGGUGGUGGAAUCCAUGGUAAAAGGAAAAGACACCGCAAGAAAGAAAUACAUGUUGAAAAAGGUCGAAUGCAUUGAUGAAAAUCAGGCGAACGAUGCUCUCAAAGAGGUGAUGGAGCUGUUGAAACUAAAGCAUAAGAAUAUUUGCGCCUACAAGGAAUUCUUUAUCAUCUGGGACAACAAGAUUUCUUCUCUCUUCCUUUGCCUGGUGAUGCACCAUUCCCACCAUGAGGAUCUGUUCUCGCGUAUCAAAGCUAAGAGGCUAAAACACGAUAAGUUUCCGAACAAGGCGAUUUGGAUGUUCUUAGGUCAGAUGGUGGAUGUCUUAGUUUACCUCCAUCGGCUCAAAAUUUUUCACCGGAAUCUCAAACCAUCUAACAUCCUUUCUGCUGGGGAAGAGUCUUUCAUGCUUUGUGAUUUCAGCUCGGAAACCCUCAUGGCCGAUGAGAUAAAAUGGAAAAUCAGGGCUGAAGAAGAGCCUGAUUCUAAAUGCUGGAUGGCUCCGGAGGCGCUCCAUUUUUCUUUCAGUGACAAAUCUGACAUUUGGUCGUUGGGCUCUAUUUUGCUGGACAUGAUCGCCUGUUCUCUCUCGGAGGUGAAAGAGCCCGUGUUGUUACUGCACAACAUUAAGAAGGAGGCCGCAGCUCUUCAGGGGGCUUUGAGUGAGUUGAAGAAACGGAAGCCUUCGCUGUCCUCCCUUCUCUUUCUGAUGUUGAAAAUUGAUCCUUCUGCGAGGCCCACCGCAGAGGAGCUGGUUGAAAAUCCACUUAUCCGAGAAUGCCUCAUUGAAGCCAAAUCUCCUUUAAUAAAGGUGGAGAAAAAACUUCCUCCAGGUUUCCUGGAUAUAAUUCAGACAAAUAGGAUCCAGACAAUUUUAGAAUUCAUGAUGUCUUACCCAGAAGUUGAGGAAGCCCAAGAAAAGAGCAUUGAACGUCUCAACAGCCUGUUGAACGAGGAAAAAAUUGGUGUCAAGGUGUUCCUUCACUUGGUGGAUCCGGUGAUUGAUGCUAUGAACAAACACAACGAUUCCCUUGAGACACUGUUGGCUGGAUUUUCGUUGCUGCUUGGAAUCACCGGGAGAGCUGUAGCUCAGAACUUGAACGUGGAGAUACUGGCUGAGGAGGACAACCUCAGCUGCCUGCUGAAUUUGAUGAGGACCCAUCCAGACCACGAAGAGCUCCUUUGUAUGAUCUGCUCCUUGUUUAUGAUGAUGUCCUCCAACGAAGCUGCCACCGCUGCCCUCCGGGGAGCCAACAUUUUCACGGAUGUCUUGACCACCUUGUGUCGUUUUGCUCAAAACAAAGAGCUCUGCCUUGCUUGUUGUAGCCUCAUUUGGACCCUGGCUGUAAACGUGGCUGACGUGGCCGAGAGCCCACUGAAAUACGCCACUGAGCUGGUCUCCGUCAUCCUCCACUUGCAUCUCCCCCACGUGGAAGUCGCAGAGAUGGCAGUCAGCGCUUUUUGGGCCCUUUCUCUUCACGGAUGCAUAGAUGAAGUCAAAUAUGAACCUUAUUCCCUGCUUUUGCUGGAAGCAAUGAGGCAGCAUCCGGACAGCCCUGUGCUGGUGAAAAAUGCUUGCCUCGCCCUGGCCAGCCUCCUGAGGACAUCCGAGUUAGCCGGUUUCCGAUUCAUAGUGACAGACCAGAAGGGUAACGGGAUCAUCCUGCUAAAGGAUUGCUACCAGGUCCACAGGGAAGAUCCCGAAGUGGUGGAAAACAUUUGUGUCCUGAUCGACGAGAUGUUUAAAUAUGAUGAAAUUGUGGUGGAGAUGGUCUCCCACAGCGUUACCGACAUGCUGAUAGAAAUGAAGAGCAGAUUUACUUCUAGUUUGGAAAUCGUGGCCCUGUCAAAGAAGGCACUCUCAAAAUUGCAGAAGAAAGGGCUUCUAACAAGGCACGAUCCCUGAUAGAUGACUUUUCUUUUAUUUAUUUUUUUCUUGCCCCAUCAAUUAUUUCAAGAUGAACAGGAGGGCAAAGCUUUGCUUUCUUUUACGGAACUUCGAUUAUUUAUUUGCAAAACGUGAAAGAGCUUAUAUUUUGCCGAACACACUAAAGGCUGUACAAUAAAUAGGAAAACGAGGCGCGGUCAAGCCGUAGUUUUUUUUUUUUU